AUGAGAAGAAGAAGCAAGACUUUUGUGACGGUGGUCAUCGCCGUGACCGUGUAUCUGUUGUGGCUGUGCUCGAGCGGCAGCAGAUCCGCGCAGUUUGCAAGCAACCUAGGAUGGAUCAGGCCGCAUUAUUAUAAGCUCGGAGAUCCCGUGCAAAUCAUCGUGAACAAAGUAGAGUCCGAUGUGACCCAUUUCCCGUAUUCGUACCACGAUUUACCCUUUGUGUGUCCUCCGUCCGCGGGUAAAAAACCGUUACAUUUGUCGCUCAGCGAAGUGAUCCGUGGCGAUAGAAAAUGGGAAAGUGACUACAAGCUUGAAUUCGGCAAAGAUGAGCCCUGUACACGUCUAUGCGAUCGUCGAACGCAGCCAGACGGGCUAAUAAGGGCGGACGAAAUGAUACAACAAGGUUACGUGGCGCAUUGGCUCAUAGACGACGAAUUGCCGGCCGCAACGACAUUUAUCUCUACCAAAGACGAGAAAAAAUACUACGCCUCGGGUUUCCCGUUGGGACAUACCGACCUUACAACUGGUAAAUCCUACAUCAACAACCACGUCAUGUUGGUCAUCAGAUUUCACUCUGUUGAUGUCAAUAAACACACCAUUGUUGGUUUCGAGGUUUACCCAAAAUCCGUCUCGGAUGCGCGAUGUCCCGGUGCAUCCAAGAAUUUCGAGCAUUUCGAAAUCGAUACUGCCGCCAAGGAACCGAUCUUGAUCCCGUUCACAUAUUCGAUCUAUUGGCGUGAAGAAUUCAAAGUCGACUGGGCCAAUAGAUGGAAUUUUUUCAUGAACAGCGGUGAAUUGGAAAAUUCGAAGUCGACUCAGUUUCAUUGGAUUUCGUUGGCCAAUAGUUUCAUCGUGGUGGGUGUUAUGACUUCAAUUGUAGCACUUUUAGUGACAUCUAGCCGGCAAGAAGAAACCGUGUCUUCCGCGGCCCGGAGUUUGUCGGUUCAAUCAACACCGCUUUUGAUUCAUUUGAACUUGGCUUGCUCAGUCGGAGUACAUUUCAUGUUCUCCAUGUUAGGUUCCCUUAUAGUGUCUUGCUCUUUGAGCAAAUUGCAUAACGUGAGAAACUCUGUCAUUUCGGUGUCACUUUUGUUUUUCGUCGUUGGCGCUUACGCGGCUUCAUUUGUGGGCUCAUUGUUGUCACCUUUGUCAGAGACGAGCCUUGGCAUGUCCGUGGUCUUUGGUUCAACGUUACCAGCGAUCACGCUUUGCAUUUUGUUGAUUUUGAAUUGCGUUAUCUGGGCCAAGGAUUCUCCCAACGCAUUGCCAUUUGGAACUAUCAUCCUGUUCAUUGCGGCUUAUUUCGUGCUUUGCAUUCCGCUAUCUGUCUUGGGAGGACUAGGCGCACGGCGUGCAAAGCAAUCCGUGCAAAAGGGAACUGUGCAAGAUGAAUCAAAGUCGCAGCGGUUUUUCCUGUACAGAAUCAAAUACGAAAACGCCUGGAACGGCAGCGGAGCGACAAGGACGCUCGUUCCAGCAAGGAAGGAAACAGGUUCGGUCAUCUUAAGAAAUCCAUUAUUCUUAAGUCUCGCUGCGGGAGCUCCUCCAUUCGCAGUGAUUUAUGUGGAAUUGUUGUUUGUCUACAAAUCACUGUGGCUCGAAAAGACCAGUUUUUACUACCUUUACGGAUUCCUGCUUGCCAACCUUACGUUACUGUGCAUCAUCGUAAGCGAAGUAUCUGUUAUCAUCUGCUAUUUGACAAUUUUGCAUAAACCGCAAGUUGAUUUAGAAGUUACGAAAAGACAGGACGCAAACUACCCACAUCGUUUGGCACUUUCAUGGAGAGACUGUUUUACUCCGUUCGGCGUUUGGCGCAUGUCGAAAUCUUUUUUCGUUACCAUGAAUUAUGAAUUCAAUAUCGCUUUUGCACGUUGGAGAUGGAAAGCGUUUUUCGCAGGAGGAAGCGUUGCAUUUUAUUUCAUGCUAUACUCCCUGUACUAUUUGGCAUUUGUUCUGCAUCUGAGAGACUUUUCGUCGAUCCUCUUGUUCGUGUGCUACACCCUAUUGUUCAACGCCCUUUGCUGGUGCGGGUUUGGAUGCCUGGGUUACUUGUCUUGUUGUUGGUUUCUGGACAGCAUUUUCCAAUACGCAAAGGAGCAGUAA